AUGGAAGCCCCGCCGGAGGACGAGACUGCCGCGGGGACCGAGGCAGCGGAGCCCGGAGAGGAGCCGAGAGCCUCGGAGGAAGCCGUCAGGUUCAUGUCCGGUGUUGAGCCGGCAGAGCUGCUGCAGUGUGUGUUUCCAGACUCUCUGGUGACGGUGUCCGAGGGUGGACGACACCUGGGGAAGUUCAGCGUGACGGUGGAGUUUGCCCGUAGAGUCGAGCAGCCCUGUGUGCUGCUGCACGCUCAGAGCCAGGGAGCCAUCGAUGACUCCCCCUGUGGGACCACGGUGACCGCCUACCUGUCCACGGAGCUGGAGGUGCUGGAGGAAGAUUAUCAUGAGUACGUCAAGCUCGAGGGCCACAGUUUGGACAAGAGGUGUCACAUGGUGCAGCGUGACGGGCAGAUGGUGAUUGAUAAAGUGACCACUGUAGGGGAG